UGAGCGCUCCCCGAAUGAAUGAAUGAAUCAAUGAAUGAAAAGAGCCGGGAGCUGGGGAUGGAGAGACGGGGAGAGCUGGAGUGAAGCAGGAGAGAGGGAGAGGGCAUUAAACACAGCAGCCAGGCUGUCUGAAGAGACAUACACACACACAGAGACACAUUGUUCCAUCUCAGGGGCACAGGGCUGUAAAGCUACAGACAAGGGAGGGGUAAAAAGUUGAGUUGAUAGUGAAAGAGUUUGCUGAAGGCAGGCGAUGGACUGACGCUGAGAGCGGCGGAGAGGAGGCACUGAUGCCGGAGGAUGGGUGAAAAUGGGCAUGGCCCUGAGGAAUGGCAUGUAGGACCUUACACCAGCGCAGCCCGUCUACUUGUGGUGCCCGUCUCGGCAGAUCCCUGCACAAAUUGCUGGCCAUGCUCUCCCUCUUCACCCUCUCGCUCUUCUGCUUCUACCUGCUGGCCGGCUGCUGUGACUCCCUCCCGCUGGAGCCCGCCUUGACCAUGCAAGGACGGCCGAAGAGGACGGUCACCGUGCAGCCCGGAGAAGAGGAGACUUCGUCCGGAUCGUACACGCCGGCGGCCGGCGACGGGACCGGGACCGGGACCGGGACCGAGCCGCAGCAGGGCAGCGGGGCGCCCGAGGCAGGACGGCCGCCCACAGCCCGGGAGCUGAACGGCACGGCGAAGGCGGGCGGCCGCUGGUGGUGCGCUCUCCGGCGGCUGCCCGAGGCUCUCAUCAUCGGCGUGAAGAAGGGAGGCACCCGUGCGCUGCUCGAGUUCAUGCGGCUACACCCGGCGGUCAGGGCGCUGGGCGCCGAGCCACACUUCUUUGACAGGCACUAUGGCAAGGGACUGCAGUGGUACAGGAAUCUGAUGCCCAAAGCGCUUGAUGGUCAGAUCGUGAUGGAGAAGACGCCCAGGUACUUUGUGACAGCAGAGGCACCAGCUCGCAUUCACGCCAUGUCCAAAGACACCAAACUGAUUGUGGUUGUGCGGGACCCCGUGACGAGAGCCAUCUCAGACUACACCCAGAUCAUCUCGAAAGCUGCGGACAUCCCUGGCUUUGAAACUCUCACUUUCAAAAACAGGACUACAGGCCUGGUUGAUGCGUCGUGGAGCCCAUUAUGGAUUGGGAUCUAUGCCCAGCACUUGGAGAACUGGUUGCAGUAUUUCCCCUUAUCCCAGAUGCACUUUGUCAGUGGGGAAAAACUGAUCACUGACCCAGCUGGAGAGCUGGGCAAAGUCCAAGACUUCCUGGGCCUGCAGAGGCUCAUAACAGAUGACCACUUCUUCUUCAACGAGACCAAGGGUUUCCCUUGCCUGAAGAAGCCACAGGGCAAUGGCAAACCUCACUGCCUGGGCAAAACAAAAGGCAGGAUCCAUCCCAACAUCGACCCGGGAGUGGUCGAGAAACUGCGAGACUUCUACCGCCCUUUCAACAGGCAUUUCUAUCAAAUGACUGGCCAGAACUUUGGCUGGGAGUGACAUGAGGCCAGGGGAGGUGGGAUGUGGGCCACCGGGCAGAGUCCACGAUGACAAAACGAAUGACGGCAGAAGCAGGGGAAGCCAUCGGGUUCCCAACAAACCAAGUCCGCAUGUCAAGUCGAUGAUGUAGCACAUCCAUCUAUAAUCCGCAGGAGCUGCCUGCAUUUCUGCAUCUGCUGCUUCACAAAUCUUGAAAACGCCAAGAAAAACUGUGGACUUUUUCACUCAAUAUUUACUCAAAUCCUCAUCACACCUUAAAAGGGCAAUGUCCAUCUUGCGAUGCAGAUUGACUUUAUUUUUUGCUUGCAGUGGUCCUGAGCAAUGGUUGUUGAUUUUUUAAUAUAUACAUAUGUAUAAAUAUAUAUAUAUAUAUCUCUAUUAACAGCAAAGUCACAAAAUUGAAUAACAUCAGGGCUGAUACCUCUUUAGUUUCUCUUUAGCACUCAUUCACUGUACCACGGAAAAUAUUGUCCUUUUUAGGAAGCAAUGUUUGGCUCCCAUGAGCCUCAUUGUAUUGUGGAUUAACACUACCUUUGUGUCAUUACAGUUCCUGCUUUGUUGUAAUAGCAGCAUCCUGAUAUUAUAAGAGCUUAACUGCUUGCUUUGUUUUACUUUAUUUUUCAAUAAACUAAUUUGCUUCCUUC